AUGGGGCUUCCUCCUCUUCCCGAUGGCCGCAAAUGGGGCCUCCUCGUCGUCAACUUCAUCCUCACCAUCCUCGGAGCCGCUGCCCCUUUCCUCCUCCGCCUCUACUUCCUCCGCGGCGGCCGGAGCUUGUGGCUGUCGAGCUUGGUGCAGGUCGGGGGCUGGCCGCUACUCCUGAUCCCUCUCGCCGUCUCUUUCCUCCGCCGCGGCCCUGGCGGCGGCGGCGCCACCCUGAUGAGCUUCUCUUUUGCGGCCACCUUCGCCGGCAUCGGCGUGCUCAUCGGCGUGGACAGCUACAUGUACGCCGUGAGCUCCUCCCUCCUCCCUGCGUCGACCAAUUCGAUCCUCUCCUCCACUCAGCUGGCCUUUGUGGCGGUCUUCUCCUUCCUCAUCGUCCGGCAGCGUUUCACGGCAUGCUCCACCAACGCCGUGGUGGUACUGACGCUCGGCGCCGCCGUGCUAGCCGUGCAGGCCCCUGCCGGCGACCGCCCGGCGGGAGAAUCCACGUCCAAGUACGCCGUGGGUUUCGCCACGUCGCUCGGCGCCGCCGCUCUCUACGCGCUGACCCUGCCGUUGACCGAGCUGAUGUACAGGAAGUUCAGAGAGGAGGUGACGUAUCGGAUGGUCGUGGAGGUGCAGCUACUAGUCUCCGCCCUCGCCUCUGCUGUCUGCAUUGUUGGCAUGUUAGUCAACGGGGAUUUCCAGGUUCUUCCUCCUCCCCUCUCUCUCUCUCUCUCUCUCUCUCUCUCUCUCUUUCUCCCUCUCUCUCUCUCUCUCUCUCUCUCUCUUUCUCCCUCUCAAUCUCUCUCUAUCUGUCUAUCUUCCCCCCUCCCUCUCUCUCGCUCUUGCUCUAAGAAAGGAGAGGACUAAAGGGGGUGGUUUGAAUUGGUCGCAGGCGGUGGGGAGGGAAGCGAGGGAGUCGGAGAUGGGGGAGGCGAAGUUCUACGUGGUGCUGGUGGGGGGGGCGGCGGCGUGGCAGGCGUUCAGCUUGGGCCUGAUGGGCACUGUCGCCUGCUCCUCCUCGCUCUUCGCCAGCGUGGUGCUGGCACUGCUCCUCCCCGUCUCGGAGAUCGCAGCCGUCCUCCUCUUCCACGAGCGCUUCGACGGCCGGAAGGGCGUCGCCCUCGCCCUCUCUCUCUGGGGCUUCGCCUCCUUCUGCUACGGCGAGCUCACCCUCAGCCACCACCUCCUCCCUCGAACCUCCUCCCUGUUAGAGCUGGAGCUGCCUGCUCCCUAA